AUGGAGGCUGAAGCGCUGUACAGCUUCAGAGCUACAGAAUGUGAUGAGCUCAGUUUUCACAAGGGUGACAUACUGAAGGUGACGAACAUGGAUACGGAUGGAGAUCCGAACUGGUACACAGCCGAACUUUCGGGGCGGAAAGGCUUCGUACCCAAAAAUUAUAUCAAUGUAAGGCCUCAUCCGUGGUUUGUGGGAGGAAUUUCUCGCCUGGCCGCGGAGAGCCGACUUCGGCCGCUGGAGAGCGGAGCGUUCCUUAUCCGAGAAAGCGAGAGCACACCAGGGGAAUUCUCCGUGUCUGUCAGUUAUGGGGACCACGUGCAGCAUUUUAUGGUCCUGAAGGACCGGCUGAGGCGCUACUUUAUAUGGGACGAAGUCUUCGCCUCGCUCAACCAGCUGGUGGAGUUCUACCGCAUCAACAGCAUCGCCAAAGAGAGGACCGUCUUCUUACGCAAGCCUGAGAGACUGCUGGCUAGGCCACGGCACGCUCACGCCCUCCUCGACUUCACGCCGCAUCACGCCACCCAGCUCCGUUUCCUGCGUGGUGACAUCAUCGACCUUCUGGACUGCUCGGACGCUCGUUGCUGGAAGGGGCGGUGCCGGGGUCAAGUGGGCGUGUUCCCGCCCGAAUACGUCCAGCCCGUGCACCACUGAAGGGUGUUGAAGUGUAUUUCAGCUCCAACCUCGAGCUUAUUUAUUAGUGAAAUCUUUUCAGAAGACAUUUUAGAAGACCUUGUAAUGAUUACGGAUUCUAACUGGCGUUCAAAUCGUAUCGCAUCGCCAAGCAAAGAAUAUCUGUAUAUACUGUACAUACCAUAUUCCGUCCUAAUUAUAAUGCAUUCUUUUAUAUCUAUAUACGCAUAAUUAUAAUCCGAGCUGUA